AUGGAUUGUACACAACCUCAACCGAGAGAAUUGUACACAAAUUUUAUAUGUGGAAUCUAUGAUUACGGCAUCAACCAUUAUUUGAAAAAUUGGCACCAGCAAUUCGUAAUGCAAAUGUUUAAUCGAUACAAAAAAAGCGGUAUCCACGAUGCUGUUAGUUGGAUUGCCAAUCAUUAUCAGGUUGGAACAUCAAUUACAUUACUCGGUCGUCCAAUACCCAAAUUGAAUGAUGCUAAAUCGUGGGAGUUUUGGAAAUAUGAUCUACUUCAUUAUUAUGAUAAGCGUGCACUCAAUGAUGCUGCUAGAUUUAUUCAUUGUGCAACAAAAAACUUUUAA